UUAGCUAGAAGAAUACUUCAUCGACUAGACCUCAAUUAUUUUCAGCUUCGACCAGAUACACGCCAAACAUUUUCAACUUACUAAGUAAACAACUUCGCUCGCAGUUGUAGACCAAUUUUAUCAUUUUGAAAAAAAUUUUCAUUUUUUUAUUUAAUUGUUUUUGUUGCCACAAAUUAUGGAUUCUCUGGAAAACUUGGAAACUUCUCGGCAUGCGCGAAAUAGCUUCUUUCCAGGUGAUUCAGAGAGGACUACUUGGAUAAAGUUUGAAGGAUAUGUCAAUUUUGUUAACGAAAUAGAAGUUGAACCAUUAACAAGCCAGAUGGCCUGCAUUGAUGAUGAAGAAAAUGUGCCUUUGGAAGACUUGGUCAAACAUAUGCUAACUGAUUGGGAGAUGACCCCACCUAAUCUUGUCAUUUCCCUUCUAGAAAAUUCUUCCCAUUCUACAAAGAUGGAUCCAUACCAGAGAGAUUGCAUCAAAGAGGGACUACUCAAGGCGGCUUCAACUUCCCAGUCGUGGGUGUUGACUUCUGGCCUCAAUCGGGGAAUCAGUUCAGCCCUGGCUAAUGACGUCAGAAUUAUGCAGAACGAAAUGUGGGUGACGUCAACUACGCCUUCACUGACGUCAUCAGGGUCACCACGUGACAGGAUAAGGUGUAUUGGUGUGAACAAAUGGAAAACUGUGGAUAAUCAUGAAGAAAUGAAAUCUCACUUCGAAAGAGACGAACAUGCUCUGGACUUUCAUUACGUUGUACGAAAACAUGCAGCCACUCCUAACACCACCCCCUUGAAUCCCAGUCACCCCUUCUUCAUCUUCACCGACACCCACGAGGACUCCCAGGAGCAGAAUCAAUUCAAAAGCAACUGGAAUUUGACCCAACAAUUGCUUUCAUAUCUCAACAAACAUGAAGUUAACUCAGACACUUUUGGUGGAGUUCAGAGCAGCAUUUCGCAGAAAAGCAUAGGAAAGGUCCCAGUUGUAGUUGUCGUGGUUGGAGGUGACCUUUUGACCUUCAGAAUUGUUUUGGAGACCUUGAGGGAGGGGAUACCAGUUGUGGUCUGUGAUGGUGUCGGAGGGGCUUCCGACUGCAUUAUCUAUGCCAUGAAGAGCUACAGUCGCCAAGAGGACGGAGGUGUAGAUAUACCGCAGGACAAACGAGACACGCUCAAGAACAAAAUUCGAGACAUUUCGACUCCGAAUAAGAAAGGACAAGAUGACACCCAAUUUUUGGAGCUCAUUCUAUCCAUUGUUCAGUUCGAAAACAUGGUGACAGUGUGUAAAGUUGGCAAAACUGGAACAUCGGGUGAAUUGGACAGUGCAAUUCUACAUGCAAUUGUGCAAACCAAAAAUAGUCUGGACCCCCUUGAACUUUGCUUCAACUGGAACCGUCCAGAUACUGCACGCAACGAUGUCCUCACAAAAGACAUGCAACUGUCACAACACAAAAAUUCCAGCAAGCUGAUGAUGAGAGCUCUCCUGGAAAACAAAACCGACUUCGUCCAGCUAUUCCUGGAUUUCAACUUUUCCAUGAAGGAGUUCCUAAUUGAAGAACGAUUGAAAUUUCUCUACAAUUACGCUAUCAAGUCGAAUGACUAUCUGACCUAUAUUGUUUUCCAAUCAAUGAAGCUGAAGACUUCAGAAGGAAAGCUUUUGUCGAUGAAAGAUGUUUCCAAGGUGCUUUCUGUUUUAUGUGGGCUGAAGGAUAAGGAGUUUCGGAUCAACAUGCCAAAACGAGGCGGCGUCUGUUUCCGGACGUUUGACGACCCGUUUGGGAAGCUGUUUGUUUGGUCGAUUCUUGCGAACAAACUGGAGAUGUCUAAGUUCCUGUGGGGUUUUGUGCGGGAGCCAAUCGCAGUCGCCCUGGUGGGGAGUGAGAUGUGGAGGAGGCUCUCACGCAGACUGUGGCCGGGGGAGGAUGUGUACAGACCACAGUUCAUUCACAACUCAGAACAGUUCGAGGACCUUGCUUUGGGUGCAAUUGACACAUGCUACAAAACAGACCACGUACUGAGUAGGAGACUAGUGCGACAGAAGAGUCUCGCCUGGCCCAACAGACACCUCAUGCAAUUGGCACUCCACUCAAACUGCAAGAGGUUCCUUGCUUCUUCUUGUGUGCAGUCCUGUGUUGAUUCUGACUGGAAAGGGGGCGUCAACUCCGGAUACCUCAAGGUCGUUUUGUGCAUGCUUUUUCCGCCAUUGAUUGCAUACGUGGACGUGACAGAUAAUAAUAUUGAAUCCAAGAAGCCAAUUGGUGCUCCGAAACAAAAAACUGGUCACAGAGAAAUGAACGACGACUCUCAGCCUUCAUCUUCGAACGGUCUGAAAGAAAGUGAGAAAAAGCCAGGUGAUGCGAGUUUUUCAGAGGAGGAGAAAAAACUAAUCAAGCAAGACUCUGAUAGAAGUUCAACUUCAAAAGAGGUCCACGAUUUCGAGAGAGAUCAUUUCCAGGCACCGAAGCACAACAGUGAAGAUGAUGAAUUGACAUCGAAUAUGGGCAUUUGGAGGAAACUUUGGAUGUUCUACACUGCACCAAGAACAAAAUUCACAGUACACUCGGCAGCCUACUUCAGUUUUCUGCUUCUGUUCUCUUUGAUGGCUCUGUGGAUAGACAACGACCACCCCCAUCACAAUCUAGAGCUGUACAUGCUAGUCGUCUCAUUCAGCUAUCUCAUUGACGAAAUGCGACAAUUUGUGUGUGAAAGUGGCAAACUGACACACAAACUCUACUCCUACCUCAGUUCAGAAUGGAACAUCAUAGACCUCACAUACCUCCCUCUAAUAGCAGUGGGCUUCGUCCUCAACAAGACAGGCAGUCAUGACUCUGCCCGCAUAGUGUAUGGCCUGGUCACUCUGUUGAUGUGGGUGCGAGUGAUUAGGUUGUACCAGGCGGUGGACAAACUGGGCACGCUGUGGAUCAUGAUGCGCAAAAUGUUCAAGGAGAUGUUGAUUUUCAUCACUGUGUUGGUGGUGUUCUUACUCGCAUAUGGAGUGUGUACUGUGACUCUGAUCUUCAAACCCGAGACUCUGAGGCAGGAGGGCUGGGCAUCCACUCUCGAGUUCGUCAUACUCAUACCAUCCUUGCAGAUGUUCGGAGAACUUUUUCUGGACACUCUGGUUGAAGGACGUGAACAACAACGACUGGCAUUCGAAUCUCACAAGAAACUAGAAGCCCGAAAGGCCCAAAUGAGGGCCAUGGAUUUAGCCAAUGACAUGGCCACCAAUGUGCAGAGAUACACCCCGUCACUAUUCCCCGCCCGCUGUCUCGUCCAGGACAACUACCCUGGAAACUUCACUCUGGUGACGUCAUACAAUAACUGGGAGACUAAUGUGACCUUUACUUGGAGUGGGGAUAACUUAACCAGGAAUUGGGCCACAUUACCAGUAUCGGACGAGUCGGGGGACGAGGGGUAUCCGGACAUCUUUGUGCAGGACUUCUUCCAGGCCAGUCUAGCCAAUUGGUUGCUGGCUGCAUACCUUUUGGUUGGCAAUGUUCUCAUUCUCAACCUUCUUAUCGCCAUAUUCGGACAUGUGUAUGACGUAGUGCAGGAGAACUCGACGAUAGAGUGGAAGUUUGAGAUGUUCAACUUGUGCAGAGAGUGUGUGAACAAAACAGUGCUUCCUCCUCCCCUCUCGAUUGUCGAAACAAUCUGGAAACUAUUCAGGGCAGCCGUCAACAGGGGUCAUAAAAAGUCUUCUUUACCCACAGAUGAAGAUGAAGAUGGGGAGGAGAAGCUGCGAAUGUUCGAGAACUUCUGCAGUUCCAAAUUCAGAAACGAAAAGCACUCCUCAAACACCCUGGAGGAAAACAUCAAACAACUUACCAACCAUGCGGACGAGGAGAUGGACAAAAUAGUGGACAUGGUCAAUGUCGUGGACAACCUCCGACAAGACCUCGAGCCGCAGGACUCGACCGCCACGCUUGCCCCCUCGAACCCCCCGGCUUCCGCUUCUAACAAAUAGCGGAGUGAAAAACCACAAUUUCCAUUCAAAUAACUAUACCGUCGUGGAAUUAAUCCAGAAAAGUUUCGGAGUUUUAUUUAUAAUCAAUUUGGUGAGCCAAACCCAAAAGUUUUUAAUAUGACUAUAUUUAUACUUUAAAAGACAAAGAAAGCGUAAGUUUAA